CUUGGGGUGAUGCCGGGCCCAGAGGUAGUUUCUUACUGAGGACGUGUCUGCUACAGUGGCCCAUGCUAUCCGAAUGGCUAGGUCAGUAACAAGAACGAAAUAUCUGGAGCCAUGGAUGAUUGCAUUGAUUGUCCUAGCAGUGUUGGUGGUCCUAGCCACGAUCAUCGGGUUGCUUGUAUAUUUUUUGAUAUAUGAUCAGAGGUUGUUCUAUUACAAUGCUUCCUUUAGAAUCAAUAAUGUGCAAUACCACCCUAGUUUGGAAAAACAGACUUCAACAAAUUAUAGAGAUCUAAGCACAAACAUCGAGACUUUGAUUAACCAGGCAUUUCAAGCUACGCAUUUAAACAAGAAAUUGCUCAAAUCUCAUGUUGUAAACCUAAGGCCGGACAAUGGUGGAGUCUUCGCAGAUGUGGUGCUGGUGUUUAGGUUCACUGGCACGAAUAAUAGAGAGGCACUCUGGAUGAGUAUUAACACUAUUUUGCUGAAGAGGCUGAAGUUAUCGACGUGGCCCUUGAGUAUUGACCUUUCAACUUACAAGCUCACAGAGAUUACUGCACCAAAAGGUGAAAACCUUCUCUACAGCUGUUGUGGAACACGAAUGGACAGAUCCGAGGAGAGAAUCUUUGGAGGAAGCAUUGCAGGGGAAGGCGAAUGGCCGUGGCAAGUCAGUCUUCAGCUGAAUGGCAUUCAUCGCUGUGGGGCGUCACUCAUUAGUAACAUAUGGCUUAUAACGGCAGCUCAUUGCUUUCGAGGAGUCAAGGAUAUCAAAGGUUGGACGAGUAGCUUUGGGGCCCGUUUAAGGCCUCCAUUAAUGAGAAGGAACCUUCGCCAGAUCAUCGUUCAUGAGUAUUAUGCCAAUAGCGUUAUGAGCCAUGAAUACGACAUCGCUGUCGUGCAGCUCUCGUCCCCAGUAGAUUUCACCGCAGCCGUGCGUCGUGUUUGUCUUCCAGAGGCUACACAAUACUUUCCAGAGAACACCACCUGCUUCGUCACGGGAUACGGCGCUUUGAAAGAUGACGGUCCAAGUGUCAGUGAGCUUCGUCAAACAGAAGUGAAAAUUAUCGGUAAUGAGAUUUGUAAUAGAAGAACUGUGUACAAUGGAGUAAUUUCACCUGGGAUGCUGUGUGCCGGAUACCUGGAAGGAGGGAAUGAUGCUUGCCAAGGUGACUCUGGCGGUCCAUUGGUGACUCCUGAUUCUAGAGGAAUAUGGUACCUUGUUGGCAUAGUGAGCUGGGGAGAUGAAUGCGCAAAGCCAAACAAGCCUGGGGUCUACACCCGAGUGACUUACUAUCGAAACUGGAUUGCUGCCCGUACUGGAGUCUGAAAUUACAGGAAGGAUUAACUUCACAGGCAAUAUAUGAGCCUAGAACACAAGACAUUUGGA